UUUCCAGCAGAUGAGCCAGUGGCUGUUCUGCUUGCUCCAGAGACUGGAAACAUCGGGGAAGGCAGUCUUAUUUACAGAAAACCCCUCUCCCGCCCUCCGUUAGCUAAUUAAAAUUUUUCCAGGGACAUUGCCAUCACGAGUUGCACCGUUUUUCUGGAAGACAGCCCAUUGUUGUUCCCUUGACCUUUCCCUCAUUCCUGAGUCCUCUGGAGUUAUGUCAACAGCUGCCUUACUUACUUUGGUUAGAAGUGCCGGGAACCAGGUGAGGAAGAGAGCUCUGCUCAGCGGCCGCCUGCUGCAGGAGGACAGGCGGGCGACGCCCACGUGCCACAACUCCACUUCAGAGACCAGGUGUUCUCGGUUUGACCCCGAUGGUAGCGGACGACCAGCCACCUGGGAUAAUUUUGGCAUCUGGGACAACCGCAUCGAUGAGCCGAUUCUGCUGCCGCCCAGCAUUAAGUAUGGCAAGCCGAUUCCCAAAGUCAGCUUGGCGAACGUGGGCUGCGCCUCGCAGAUUGGCAAACGAAAAGAGAACGAAGACCGGUUUGGCUUUGCUCAGCUGACAGACGAAGUCCUGUGCUUUGCGGUGUAUGAUGGCCAUGGCGGACCUGCGGCGGCCGAUUUCUGUCACACCCACAUGGAGAAAUGCAUCCUGGAUUUGCUUCCUAAGGAGGACAACUUGGAAACUGUGUUGACCUUGGCUUUUCUAGAAAUAGAUAAAGCCUUUGCAAGUCAUGCCCACCUGUCUGCUGAUGCGACCCUUCUGACCUCUGGGACUACUGCAACAGUAGCCCUUUUGAGAGAUGGUAUUGAACUGGUUGUAGCCAGUGUUGGGGAUAGCCGAGCUAUUUUGUGCAGAAAAGGAAAACCCAUGAAGCUGACAAUUGACCAUACUCCAGAAAGAAAAGAUGAAAAAGAAAGGAUUAAGAAAUGUGGCGGUUUUGUAGCUUGGAAUAGUCUGGGACAGCCUCACGUGAACGGCAGACUCGCGAUGACCAGGAGUCUUGGAGAUCUGGAUCUUAAAACCAGUGGUGUGAUAGCAGAACCGGAAACAAAGAGGAUUAAGCUACAUCAUGCUGAUGACAGCUUCCUGGUCCUCACUACAGAUGGAAUUAACUUCAUGGUAAACAGUCAAGAGAUUUGUGACUUCGUCAAUCAGUGCCAUGAUCCCAGUGAAGCAGCCCAUGCAGUUACUGAACAGGCAAUACAGUAUGGUACUGAAGAUAACACUACUGCAGUAGUAGUGCCUUUUGGUGCUUGGGGAAAAUACAAGACCUCUGAAAUCAACUUCUCAUUCAGCAGAAGCUUUGCCUCCAGUGGACGAUGGGCCUGAUCACUUGCUGGGACUUGGAGCUUCUGUGCGGAUUUUCACUGACUGUGUCAAGAAACUGAUAAGAUUGUAAAAAGUCGACUGUACCAAGGUGACCCUAGGACUCACUAGAUCAAGUACACAAAUCACUAUAAACUCAGUAACCAUCUACAUAGUUUUUCAUAAAUACCUGUCAUAUUUAUGUUCAACUAACUGUACGUACUCAGUAUAAAUACGUGUAAUUCAGCUAUUGUGAAUGUGUCUCUGAGUGAGCAAAUGAAAAAUGGUUUUGAUACACUUGCUGAGUGUUAAACUUCUAUAUGAAUUUCUUUUGACCAUUUCUGAUCUUUAUUCAUUUGACCAGGUUCUUGCCUUCAAGUUCUUCAAAACUAGUAUUCUGACAGCUACUCAAUGGUUAUCUGCAAGUGUUUAUUUUUAAUAACUGUACCAAGCAGUAAGUAUGAAAACUGAGUUCUCUGUUACUAUAUUUUGUGCUCUGGAUCACCUACUGAUGAAUGUAACAAUGAAAAAGAAAUUAAUUCAGCUAACAUGACACUGCUAAGCUGUAUACAUAUGUAGAACAGUGCACUUACGUAUUUCAGCUGUGUCGCCAGGUCUCUCCUGCCCCCAGUCAAUUCAUUCCUGUUUUUCUGUAGGUUAAGAAUGCUCUAUAGCUAUGACUAUUCCUUCAUAUCAGAAAAGAAUGUCCAGGCUAACAGUUCUUUGGUCAGAGCUAUACAGAGUUACAUACUGACAGUAUCAAGUAUUUUGUAUAACGUUUCCAUUUGUUAUCUCGAAUUCUGUGUUCUGUGUUUUGUAUACAGUAUGUUUAUAUCGCUUUUUGUAUAGAGUAAGCAAGUCGGAUAAUUUGUCAGUAAAAAUAAUCCCACAUUGACUGAUAACUGCUACAGACAUAGCUUGAGGUUUAUGUCUCCUUUUUCUAAGACUCCUAAGAAAGAAUAAAUCUUAAAAAAAAAAGCCUUAUCUAUUCCAGCUUGCUAUGUAAUUUA